CAGUUCAGAACGAGCAACCAGCUUGGCAGGAAGACAACGCUGAGAGAGCGCUCUAAAAAGAAGACUUUCUUACAAUAUUAUAAUUUCGCAACUGAUAAAUAGCGUUCAGCAUGAAAAGCCAACAACCGACAGCGCCAGACGUUGAAGAUCAAGUGCCGCAUACAAAUGCCAAACAUAUGAGAGGUCUGAUAUGGCUGUGCGGCAUUCUAAUGGUGCUGGUGGCCACAGCCGUCGUUUACUUUGUCUGGAUGAUGACGAAAAAUGUCGACACAUUUAGCAAAGGUUUGCGUAUACUUGAUCGCAGCGAGUGGCUGGGGGAACCCCCAACCAGUGUUGAGAAUCUUGCCACGCCAAUAUCCCACGUUAUUAUUCAUCACACAGCCACGGAAGGAUGCGAAAGAGAGGAGGAAUGCGUCUAUAGAAUGCGCGUUAUACAAGCGUUUCAUAUGAAGUCUCUGGGAUUUACGGACAUUGGGUACAAUUUUCUGGUCGGAGGCGAUGGCCAGGUUUAUGUGGGACGCGGCUGGCAGUCACAGGGGCAGCAUGUGAAGGGAUAUGGAGCAGUAUCCAUUAGCAUUGCCUUCAUUGGCACCUUCAUCAAUGUGACGCCAAAGAAAAAGCAAUUGUGGGCAGCACGUCGGCUAAUGGAGGAGGGAGUUCGAUUGCACAAGCUGCACGCGGAUUAUCAUAUCUAUGCACACAGGCAACUGAGUGCCACCGAGAGUCCUGGCGAAAAGCUCUAUGGCCUGAUAAAAACCUGGCCACGCUGGAGCGAGGAUGUGACUUCGCUGCGACGUCUCAACAUGGAACCGCUCAGAUUUGUGGAACGUUCCCUUUGGCUGGCUCAGCCACCGGUGGAGCAAUUGCUUCCUUUGCCUGUGCCUGUCAAAAGUGUACGCUUUGAGUCCACAGCAUCAGAGUCGUGUACAACACAAGCAGCUUGCACCUAUCGCAUACGCUACAUGCAAACGUAUCACAUCGAGAGUCUUAAGCAGAAGGAUAUCAACUACAACUUUGUGGUGGGCGGCGAUGGCAACGUCUAUGUGGGACGUGGUUGGAACAAUAGCUGCCAUGUGCCUGACUUCGAGGGUCUCGUUAUAGGAUUUGUCAGUCAAUCAGCACCAACAAGCAGUCAACGAAAGAUUGCAGAGGAACUGCUAACACAUGGCAUUGGUUUGGGCUUUGUGAUACGAGAUUAUCAAUUGAUAGACGAUCUGAAGUAAAGGAAUCUCACUCAUAAUUUUAACAAUACAUAUUGUAAAUAAUUGUAAAUAAAUUCGUUGA